AUGGAGUAUAUUCACGAAAACCAGCGAGGAGAGGUGUUGCCCUACCAAUUUGAGCCAGAACCGGCUUCAUUAACUGGCGAUAAUAGCGACGAAAAUUACGCCGACGAAAGUAGCGAUAGUGCUUCGUCGUCUGAGGAAAAUGUCGAGCACGAAUUUGAAAGAGCAAAUGCCUGGCGCCUUCAAAAUCUUAGUUGGUGUAAAUGUGGGCAUUGCGCAUUAUCAACUAAAGCUGUGGAGUGCUUUUGUUGUCAUGAGAAAGCGCUGGAGUAUGACAAGUACGAAGUGCUUCUGGAUCAAGCAGAGGCACAAGGUGAAAAAUGUUUGACAGCGCAUCCAGAAUUUAUAGACAAUAUGCUAUUAGAAAGCGUCCUGAAGAUAGAUGUUUGUCAAUAUCUGGAAGAAAACUGGCCUCUAAGUGAUGGAGAUUUGGAAAGAGUGCACAAACUGUAUAGAUUAGUGGCAUAUCACCGAUGUUCUCGCUGGAUUUUCCAGAUCUUGGGUAAAGGGAAACGAAGACCUUUUCCUUCUUGUGUGUAUUCUAGCAUUAGGGGACGCUUUGCUUCGUCUGAUGGCAUUUAUACGCAUUUUAAAUAUGCUAAAAAGUCGAAACGGUAA